AUGGAUUAUAAUAGUGUGGCUGACAAUAGUUCUAUUGAGUAUUAUCAUAGACCUAAUACCUAUCAACCACCCACGCCUGCCUACUACCCUCCUUUCGAAGAACAAGAACAAAAUCGAAUCUAUUCAUUUAUGCCACUUGAAAGCGUAUUUCAGCAAAAGAGACCCAGAAGAAAAUUUAAUGAAAUUGAAAGACUAUAUCAAUGUAAUUUUUAUAACUGUACCAAAUCUUAUGGCACAUUGAACCAUUUAAAUGCACAUAUAUCCAUGCAAGAACAUGGUCCAAAACGAUUACCCAUUGAAUUUAAAGAGCUUAGAAAACAAUUAAGAAAAACGAAAGCGCAGCUUAAUGCGAGAAACAGGAACAGCGUCAUAAGUUCCUCUAGUACCGAACUAGAUCCCACCUUAUUGACCGCUCAAUAUCCUUCUGCUGUCGAGCAUAAUCGUGCAAUACCACAAAGGCAAAUACAGCAUAAUACAGCACAUUGCCCACCACCUACUCAGCAGCAGCAGAUCACCCCUCCUUUACAUAUCGCUCCCCCGCAACAACAGCAUAUCAUCCCCCAGCAACAGCCUCAACAACAACAACAACAACAACAGCGGCAGCAGCAUGUUGUCCCCCCGCAACAGCAUCAUAUUGCCCCUCCGCACAUGGCUUCCGCACAACAGCACCGUAUUGCCCCUCCGCAACACAUUAUCCCUCCGCAACAACAGUUCCAGCCAAAUUAUCCUCCCCAACAAACAUAUCAACAAUUCCAAAUUAUGCAACAACAACAAUUUCAUUAA